AUGACGUAUUCUUUCCCUCUUCUCAAUUUGCCCACUGCAGCGAUACUUCAUGUUGUCAAAUCAAUGGAUUACGGUGAAUUCUUAAACCUCUCGUUCCUCUCAAAAAGAGCAAAGAAAUCGAUUGAGUUGAUGAAUUUGAAGUGUGAUGAAUUGAGUAUAUAUAUUGGAGAUUUUGUUCAUAUGAACAUGUCAAUCGGAACGAAACGAAUGGAAUGGAAAUUUUAUUAUUUUCUGAAAAAAAAUAUUGAUGAAGAUGUAGAAGAAGUUCAAGACGAAGAAGAAGUAGAUGAAGUGGAAGCAGAUGUGUUUGCCCUGCCGGAUAACGUGGAAUUGUUGAUUUUUGACGGAGUUUCAUCGAAAGCAGAGUGGUAUAUGGAAAGACUAACUGUGAAAAAUUGGAUCCAGCAUUUCAUGACUAUCUUCCACUUCUCUGAAAUCCCGCACCUUGACUUCUCUAGAAGUUCCUCCAUUUUUAGUAUUGAGGAAAUUAAGGACUCUAUGAUUUCUAUCAACAAACUUUCGGUCUCAAGUGAUACUGGAUUUGAUAUCGAUUAUUUAUUGAGCAAUUUCCAUUCGAAGUACCUUCAUUUAGGACUUGGUGUUUUCGAGACUUUGAAGAAACCGGAAAACAUAAUGAUUCGGAAUUAUGAUAUGCUGAGAAUCUAUUUGAAUAGAGAUCAUCCGUCAACCAUCAUUCUAGAUGACCUUCUUCUGUUCAAUAGUAAAACUAUCAAAGUAUGUGAAGCUAAUUGGACGGCGAAGUCAGUUAACAGAUUCAUAAAACAUUGGAUUAAAGGGUCCAAUCCCCGCAUGGAACUAUUGAAACUUCUCGAUUUCUCAGAUAGAGCGUUCAUCGACACCGACAUUCUGAAAGAUGUGCAUUUCACAGAAGUCCCUGCUGAUCAAAUCAGAUGGUUCAAAAACCAGGAUGAAAAAUUGAUUCCAUUUGAAGGUGGCAAAGAUUUUUAUAGACAAGAUGGCACGAAAGCGACAAUUUAUAAUUUUGGCAGCUAUGAAAACUUCCGCUGCAUUGCAAUGUGUGUCUGGCAUCCGCAUUGUAUACAUAAUUAA